AUGUUUAAUGUUCGAUUCUGUCAUUUUCAUGUAUUCAUUUACAGAAUAGUUUGCCCGGAUGGCAAGCCUGACCCUUCCACUUCUGUAGCGAUUACUUUAUGGCAGAUUGUUGCAAAGGUCCGCGUUGAAUCAUUAUUAUGGGGUGCUGGUACGGCACUUGGGGAACUUCCUCCAUACUUUAUGGCUAGGGCAGCACGACUUAGUGGAGAUGAACCGGAUGACGAAGAGUAUAAAGAGUUCUUGCAACUGAUGCGCGCUGAAAAGGGUGGAGCUGACGAGCUAUCUUGGACUGAUCGUGGAAAGGCUUGGGUUGAACGAUUUAUUUCACGAGUUGGAUUUCCAGGAAUUCUGCUAUUUGCUUCGAUUCCAAACCCACUUUUUGAUUUAGCUGGUGAGUAUUCCCUUUCAAGAUUUAGCGAAUAUUUUCACUCACUUUUGUUGGGACUGGGUAUAACCUGCGGACACUUCCUUGUCCCAUUCUGGUCAUUCUUUGGAGCGACCCUCAUUGGAAAAGCUAUUGUCAAGAUGCAUAUGCAGGUACACUUUAUCAUUCGAGUUUAGAC